AUGUCUGCGCAGCUCGCGCUAGAGCUACACUCUGCGGGCGUGACUGUGUACAUCCAGACGAGUACCAGCAGAUCGCUGCUUGUGGAAGAAUUUGCGGAUACCCUGUACUUCUUUUGUGACGGUGAAAAGGAGUUCUACUCCCUAACUCCCCCUGCAACAGCCACACCUUGCUAUACGUUCACUGGGAUUGUACGACGCAUGCUGGGAAUGCAGAUUUCAGAGACGUCUCUGCUUGUCUCUCAAUGCUUGAGAAUAGCCUUUACUUCUGUGCAACUGAUCUCAAAGUACUUUGACCUUGUAGUCAAUGAAACGCUAGGGAAGACUGCACUGCAAACAAAGGAUAUUACGUCGUGUUGUAUACUCGUUCCAGAUUCCCUUAUUGUGCUUUUGGCGCAAACCUUCGUGCAGCUCUUUCCAGCAAUCCUUUCUCUUGCACCAGUGUACAUUCCGCAAUCGCAUGUGCGUGCACUGCAGUGCACGCUCCGCGGCGCAGAGGAUCACGGGAUACCGACGGGAUUGCAUUUCCAAGCAGCUGUGCAUGUAUCUUCUGGUCAUAUGUCUUUGAUCGGGCUCGGUACACGGUUCCUCUCUAAGAUAGCAGCCAGCGGGGACACCCAAUACAGUAUAGUGUCUCAACUCGCUACCUGCAUCCACAGUUGCGGCAGAUUCGCUGCCAACGUUGUCGAUCGGAUGCGAGUGCUCUGCUACCAGAAGCUUACUGAGAUAAGAUCUCGCGGGCUGAUACUUGAAGACGAAGAGCAUACACUGCGAAUGAAGGGGGUUGAGUUCUUGCAGUCUCUCCAUCAACUUCUGCUGGAUGGUCUUUCUUGUGCGCUGCAUGAAGAUUUCGGCGAUUUCAGAAUCGGUCUUCCGGCAGUCCAAACACAAAGUGGUCACGUGAUAUCACUGUUUCUUCCUGCAGAUUUUUCUGAGGUCCUUACACUAAGUGCACACGAGUCAUACAACUGUACCGAGAUAGAUGACACUUUUCGCGACGAGCCAAUGAAUGCAGUUGUCAAUAAUGUAGAAGAGUUACAACUAGAGGACCUCGCACUUUCUGCAGAUUACUCAGGUGAGAGGCAGCCUAUUGGGAUGUACACCAUGAUUAUUAGCGGCGAUUUCUUCUACAAAAUAUCCCAAGAGAUUACUUAUGCAUGCAACGAUGUUCUCGAUUCAAUCGUGAAUCCUCUUGUAGAUAUCCUCUCUGCCCAUGCUAGCACUGGUGUAAAGCACUUACCUCCGUCUAUUGCUUUAUAUCAAUCACCCCAUGAUGCCGAUAUAUUAUUCGAUCUCAUUGGCGACCUUCUCAAGCAAAGAUAUCAAGGUUCGGAGCGUUCAAUCUCUUUAUGCAUCGAGCAGCUACCACUGAGAGAUUGUAUUCCUCUGUUCCUUAACAAUAUUUCUGUUUUCAGGAGCUACGUGAUACCACACUAUGCGCUGAAUGUUAGUGUCUCCUACCCUCUGGGCCAACAGGUUAUUCAUCUUGUCUAUGACGACUCUCCCUCGGAUCUGGGUAUCAUGUCUUGUUCUGACCGAGACCAGUUUAUUCAGAAUAUUGACUUGUUAGAGAGGCACUUCAUAGACAACUUUCAAACCAAUCUAUCAAUCCUGCGGCCUAUUUUCAAGAGCGUUGAUAUAAUUAUUGAGCAAGAGGUUGAUCUGCGCAUUGCAAUAACAAACACAGCAUACUCUCCGUUUCCACAAGAAGAUACGCUCCACGGAUUGGUACUUCGAAGGCCUUUAGUUUUCAGCCAGUCCGCUAUUUGCUUGCAAGCACUACACAUCAUUCUCGAGCCGACGCUCGGGCUGGGUCUUCUAGGUGUUAGUAGAGCACGAGACUAUCUCGAUACAUGUGAGGCUGUAGUAAGGCUGUGCGGUAUGUCCCAGGACAUUAACAACGGAGUUCCUCAGGAGAAGGUUAUCGAAUGGGAUGCCAUGAAGGAUCUCGUGCUUUCGUCUUGCAACAGUAAGUUCCCAGGAUGCAAUCUUCUCAGUCGCUCGAGGCUACUCAGAAUAGAUUUGGGCACACCAGCCCACGUGCCUCACAAGCUGCCGGAGCCAACGUGCAGAGUGCUUUUAGAUCUGGCUAGGCGAUACGCAGGAAGCCCUGUUCCAUGGUAUAUUGAUCUAAUUAUUAACAGAACACAUGCUGUUCUCUCUCUUCACUACUUUUUGGAAAAGAUCCACCUCCUUCUUACGGGAGAAAUGCACAACCGCUUUAUAACUAGAAAUGAAAGCAUUGAUGGGUUGUUUAGAACGGGAAAGGUCUAUUAUGGGUUAUAUAGAAACAGGUUGCACAGCAUCUUUCUAUUCGAUGUUGAAUGCCUUUUUGGCCGAGAAGAAGCUGCACUAGAUCAUCAAGGUCCGCUAGGGGGAUCCAGGUCUGACCUUCCAUCAACUAUUAAUCCUGCGUACAUCACCCUUAUGGAGGCUUCUCUCAACCUGCAUAUAGGGUGCACUUCAGAGCAUAUCAUACGGGUUGUGGACAUUUUAUACGAUAACGAGCAAGAGAUGCACUCAAAAUAUGCUGCAGUAAUAACCGAGCUUCUGUUCCCACCAAAUCUGUCCCCGCUUCCCCUGUUUGAGGGGUCUCCCAGGGAUAUUUGGGCAUUCUUCCAAAAUAUUAAAAUCAUAGGGGAUUUACGUCACUUUAUUGAAAGAGCAGGAGACCACGGAUUCCUUAACCAUAGACAUCUAUAUUACAAUAGCAGAGGAGUGCUGUGCACGAUGGUGAGACCCCGCUGCUUCCGAGAUCAGGAUUUCCUGAGCCUUCCGAGGCUGUUUGCUGCGUUUAAAACUGUUGAAAAUUACAUCACAUAUCUUUCUAGCUCUGUAGAAGCAGGUCCAGGCCCAUUGAGCGACUGGUGUUUCCUGUACAACAUGGCUUCGUCCCUCCUGCCCAUAAAUUUCAAGACAAACGAGUUUAAUGAUGCUCUAUUGCUCUAUAAAAAAAUGUAUGAUUUAAAGGGCAUCACUUCCAUCACAAAAAUAUCGCUGAUAGACUGUGUGAUGUAUCAUAUAAUGAGGCUGCUUCAAACCCUUAGUCAGGCCCCAUCCACCCGAGACUCCCUUUGCCCGUGGCACGUUGAUUGCUUAGCUUCUGAUGUCAUGCACUCGAAUGAUAGACUUUUGGCAUUCACGUUUAUCGCUAAAGAUACAAUUUCAGAUAAGGCUAUGCGGCACCACUCUGCUGUGAUAGCUCUCAAGACUUUGCCCGUAUCCAUUAGCAGCUUGGGGGAUAUUUCCAUGAUUAUUCGCGCGUCGUUUGUAUAUGGGCUAAGCAAAGAAGUCUAA